CAUAUGUUUUGCAUCUCUUAAAGGUCUGUGCCAGGAUGUGGGCAGGGUGCCUCUUGCUGCUUCAAAUUAUCACAGCCACAACGGGGUAUAUUGUGGAACCAAAUAAGCUUCCUAAAGCUGGGAAAGAAGUUUUCCUAGCCAGUGAAGAUGCAAGUGAGUUUAUUGGCCGUAGGUUGCUGUAUAACAGCUGGGAUUUUGAGGCGUUUACACCGGGUAAUCUGGAGAGGGAGUGCUAUGAGGAGGUGUGCAACUAUGAGGAGGCCCGGGAGUGCUUUGAGGAUGACCAGAAAACUAAAGACUUUUGGAGCAGGUAUCAACACAAUGGACAGGGAGGCUCUGGAAAAUCUCCAACACUAGAUGUUGCUGGCCUUGUGGCUGGGCUGGUAGCAGGAGUAAUAAUUCUUAUAAUGAUCGGAGUUCUUAUUAUGUACUGUGUAAGGUACAGGGCCAAAGAAAGGACAAGACAAGGGAGGCCCCCAGUAAACCUUACUAGCAAUACAGCCCUUGCUGAAUCAUUGCCGUUGACACCUCUACCUUUACCUGAACCUAAUGCCCCAGGACUCCCGUCAUAUGAAGAGGCUUUGGAAGCAUCGGGCACUUAUGAUGCACCUCCUCCACCAUAUCAGAGAGGUUCCACCAGAUCAAAUCAGCCCAGCUGAAGAUAAGUUUGCAACUGAUUAGCACGACAGGGAAACUCAUGCACUGUGGAUCAAUUUUCUUUUUAAUUUUAUAAUGCUACUGAAAUAAAACAGUUACCAAAGAGACGACCACUGAACCAGGUUCGAGACUUUAUUAAUGUUUACGCUCCACUAGAAGAAGCCGCUUUAUCCAAUCCCCAGGAUACAAUCUCAGUAACUGAAUUUGUAACUUAGUAUGAGCCAUCACGCUCAUUAUCCAUCGCACAGGCACACCAAGAUUCCAAUGCUGUCGAAGGCUUACAUUAAUGUAAAUCUUUCCCCAACUUGAAAUAUUCUGCUGUAUGUGUGAAAAUGAAUUUCAGGGAUCACAAAAAUUCAUCCAGAAGGUUGAGAAUACCCUACAAAGAUGACAUUUUCCAGGUGGAAUCUGAUGUCUAAGCAGCCGGUUACUGGGCCGAAGCUUGACUUUAGUUUAGUUCAAGCUGCGUUAAAUAUUUGAGAAGUAAUUGCCUCUAUCCUGUAACAUCCAGCCGUUCUCUAAAUUCCAAAGGAAAUUCCUCUAAAUCUGUGAUGGACGUGACUUCAGAGAUUAUUCUGCACAUCCAAAAGCUUUCAGAUUCCCUGCCUGAAGGCCUUAAUGUGUACAUCCAGAGCAAUGUAUUUCAGGGCACGUCAAGCUGACAAGGUUUAGCGCAGCUGUCAAUAUAAAGCCUGGGAUUUGCAGCAUUCUAAAUGACUUUUAAUGACACGGGGAGAAGGGUGUACUGUGAAUUUUUAGUGCUGAACAAGACCAGAACCAACAAGAUGGCUGUUGUGUUUUUUUGAAUUUUCUUUUUUUUAUAUAUAUUUAAAACAGCCAUACCUACAGCCAAGAACAGCAUAAAAGAGAAAAUAUAUUGUUUAAAGUUGUAAUUUGUAUUUUUUGUGUGUUUUUAGUAAUAAAAAAUGUUUUUUGACUAUAA